AUGAAGGCCCUGUCACUGGUGACUGAUCCAGAUGAAAAGAGAAAAUACUCGGCUCGUGUCAAGCAGUAUAUGCAUGAUGCCGAGCGGAUCAAGAACGGCGAAGACUGGACGGCAGUGAUCAGCCCCGGUAAAGCCAAUGCUCCCGACAGCGGCAAGGUGAGGCUACUCAAGGAACCUCGCAAUUCUCGGAAAUUACCCACCAAGGAGCAAAUCAUUCUGCUCAAAGCUGGCUUCCUCAACGGUGUCAAGUUUCCGCUAUGGACAAAUGCUCCUGAUCAGAGUGAGUUUGAAAGAGCUCCUGGUGAGGAUCUUUUCUUAGACGAAGCGUCAGAGUUGCCGCUAUCCGAGUUCCAAUCCGAUGUACUGGACGACUGGAAACGACCCGAUGAUGCGCUGCCUCCGCCAUCAUGGUAUCUAGGCAACCAAACCGGACUGGCGCCGACAAUGGACAUAUAUCGCGACAUUGAUCUCGUACAAGAUGCCGCUACAGACUGCUCCGUGGUAGCUUCCCUUUGCGCGGCGAUCGCAAGACUCGCUCGUGGCCAUCCCAAAAUGCUACAGUGUCUUAUGUAUCCCUUUGACGUUGCGAAGGACCAGCCGAUGUUGUCGAAGAAUGGCAAGUACGUGAUAAGCAUGAAUUUCAACGGUGGCUACCGUCGUGUUGUGAUCGACGACCGCAUACCCACAAGCUCGACGAACAGAGUGAUUCAUGUCAUUGAUCGGAACCAUCCCAAUCUGCUGUGGCCAGCGCUUGUUGAAAAGGCGUAUCUCAAAGUUAGAGGCGGCUACGAUUUUCCUGGCAGUAAUAGUGGUACUGACGUGUGGAUCCUGACGGGCUGGAUUCCGGAGCAAGUCUUCCUUCAAUCUGACGAUCUCGAGCCAGACAACUUUUGGAGACGAAUUCUCAAGGGCUUUUCCUAUGGCGACGUACUCAUCACCAUGGGAACUGGCAAAAUGUCGAGGAGGACCGAGAAGGCUUUGGGGCUGGCCGGCGAGCAUGACUACGCAGUCCUCGACCUUCGAGAAGUGGAUGGCCAGCGUCUCAUGCUUAUCAAAAAUCCAUGGGUUGAAGGCACGAGCUGGCGCGGACGGCAGCUACACGAUGAGAUGGAGCCCGUCAACUCACCGCGCGACUUGCUCAACGUUGACGACCAAUUGAAACCUGGCACAUUCUGGAUGGACCUUGACAAUGUCAUACAGCACUUCGAAUCCGUAUAUCUGAACUGGAACGCCGGCCUCUUCUCCUUCCGGCAGGAUGCGCACUUUGCGUGGGAUCUGUCAGAGAGCCCUGAGGCUGGUAGCAUGCAAAGGACAAGAGGACCAUAUACAAGUCUUCAACAACAUCCACAAUUCACGGUCACUGCUAGUAAUGGGGGCACCAUCUGGCUACUGUUGUGCAGACAUUUCCAGAACUAUGUUCCGGAAGAUGCGACAGCCGAAGAGAUUGAAAGUGGACGGCAGUACAUCGACCUCAAUGGCCACAUUUCGAUGGUUGUCUUUGCCUCGCGCGGGCGGAGAGUCCUGCUUUCAGAGCGGUAUCUUCAAAAAGGUUGGUUCGUCGAUAGCCCGCAGAUUCUGCUCAAGUUGGACGACUGCGAACCUAAUAAAACCUACACGGUUGUUCCGCUGGAGCAGAAUCUGCACUCAACGAACCACACGUUCACGUUGUCUGCAUUCAGCAACUCGCCGAUCACGUUGAUGGACGCCGGACCCCGGUAUGCCCAUGUCACCGCUCUGUCUGGACGAUGGAGCAAGGAGACCGCAGGUGGUAACGCCCAGAACACGACUUACUACGAUAAUCCGCAAUACAACAUCACCAUCUCGGCUCGAACAAAUAUCAGCCUCUUGCUGGAAGCGCACGAUCAACAGCUCAACGUCCACGUCAGGCUUCUCCACAGUAAUGGUCAACGUGUACAUCGCAUGGGCAAGAAAGACAUCAUAGUCGACAGUAAAGACUACCGCCGUGGAUGCUGUCUUGCUGAAAUUGAAGACCUCGACGCUGGUCAAUACACCAUCGUCUGCAGCACAUUCGAGCCAGAUCAGCUCGGCGCCUUCAACCUACGCAUCGACUCUUCCCAGCCGGUUUGUGCUACACUCUUGCCUCGCGAAGGUGCAGGGAGAAUUAGAACAGAGCUCAAGCCUGCGGUGUUCAAACAAGGCGAAAGUAAAGUCGCUGCACCGCUGUCUCCGCGACGUCUGAUGAACUUCUAUAUCAUCGCAAAGCAGCUGAACCAGAAACGUUCUACGACCGCCACUUCACAACGCCGUUCAAAUCACUCCCACAUUCGCCUCAGCAUCGAACUUGGCAGAGGUCCUGCACGGAGAAUCUUGAUAGCAUCUCACGGCGGAGAGUACGCCGACAGUUCCGCCGCGGUGCGCACGAAUCCGCUGGACUUGGGACCGGACUUCGUCAAGUAUGGGUACAGAGAUUGCUGGCUGGUGGUGGAUCGAAUGUAUGUGAGUUCGGAGGAGCAAGAGGAAGGGUUCGCAGUGGAGCUGUUUGUGGAUCAGCCGAAUGCAGUGGAGGUUGGAGAUUGGCGGGCUUGGGAGGACUGA